UCUUUUUCCACACCGGUAGAAGAAACAGGAAAAGCCUGUCUUGCUGAGAAGCCGCACUUACUAGUUUUGAACCAGUCACAGCUUUUUUGCGGCCGCCGUCGUUUGCUCGUGGACACGCCAAAGGCACAGAAUGCACGUGAUAUUUACAGCUUUCCUGUUCGUCUCCUUGGCAGGCAGCGCUCUUGCGGGUCCUUUGGACUUAUGCGACCAUGUUGAAAGCCACAGAGAAAAAAUCAUGGAACUUUUCAAGUGCAUCUUGUCGUCAGCAACGCCAGAGCUGGAGGUGCAGCUCAAGCAGCUCAAGCCAAAGUUGUACUGCAGCAACUACUACAUAGUCGUGAAGAAAGUCUGUCACAAGAAACCAUUCGCGGUAUUUAUGCGGGAGUACCUAAGUACGCCGGAACUUUACGGCGAACUUGAAAAACUAGCCCAGGGGUGCCAGAAGACGGACGCAACUGCGCGCGUUCAGCCCGAGCAGACCGAGCCAACACCAGGAUUGCGGAAGCGCAUCGUCGAUUACAUGAUGUGGUUGGCUGACAAGGCUUCUGCUAUCAAGGACGCAAUCAUCAGACGCGUUACCUUUAAUAAGGCGUCGUCCGCGUGACCAAUAAAAGUGACCGUAUAAG